UUCCACAUUCCUGAUUUAUCACCAGCCAUGGAAAAUAUGAUAAGCAUUGCAGCGAAGAAUAAGCUACAUAUUCCCCCAAUGUGUAACAAAAAUCUUAAUGUGAAAAUCACCUUCCAAGUACUAGCUCCUUCUCCUUCUUCUCCUAGGUUUAAAGAUCUACUUACUGAAAUGACAGACAGACAGGAAGAGCUGGGUAUUGCUAGUUUUGGUAUCUCCAUCACUACCAUGGAAGAGGUUUUCAUUAAGGUCAGUCAAUUGCAUAAUCCGACUUUGCAGGCCCUACCAAAUGAAGAUGAAAAUGAAGACACAAAUCAGAAUAUGAAUGUCCCUAGAAAUUUUGAGAGAACAUAUUCUUCCUCCAACUUGAGUAAACGCUCUAAUAUUACAUUUAAUACUGGGUGGACUCUUUACAGUCAGCAGUUCUUUGCCAUGUUCAUAAAAAGAGCAAUGUUCUCGUGGCGCAACUGGAAUUUGAUCUUGCUGCAGAUACUAGCAUUCGUGGGUAUUUUUUAUUUUUUGAUGAGCGAUGUGGAGAUUUCAAUAAGUGAAGAAAAACUUGACAGAGAAAUGGAUUUGGAACAAUAUGGUCAAACAAUUGUGCCCUUCUCAAUUUCUGGAAAUUCUGAGUUUACCAUGAAUUUCACAAAAAAUCUUGAGAUCUUUCUAAAGGCUAAGAAACAGAAACUUCAUAAAGUAAACGGCAAUCUGAUGGCCUAUUUGGCGGAUAGUCAAGAAUGCAUUUACUCAUGCAUAAUUGCAUUUUCCAUUGAGGUUAAUGGAAGUGAAAAUAUAGUUAAAUUUUGGUUCAACAAUCAGGCAUACCAUUCAUCACCAUUAUCUCUGGCUGUGUUAGACAAUAUUAUUUUUAUGUCACUUUCUGGCCCUGAUGCUUCCAUUACAAUCAGCAACAAACCUCAGCCUACACAUUCUUCUGGUGGACAUGAAAAUCGAGCAUUGACAGGAUCACAAUUAGCCUUUAGUUUGUAUUUUGGUGUGAGUAUUCUUGUUAGUGGCUUUUGUCUCCUGACAGUAAAUGAGAGAGUCACUAAGGCGAAGCACAUUCAAGUUUUGAGUGGGGUUUAUGCCGCUAACUUCUGGCUCUCUGCUCUGCUGUGGGACUUUCUCAUCUUCUUCACUUCCUGCUGCUUACUAUUGGUGGUGUUCAUGUUCUCUGACUUGAAAAUAUUGGUCACGAAUUACCACUUUCUGGAUACAAUGCUCAUCUUCAUGGUGUUUGGCUGGUCUGUCAUUCCCUUCACGUACCUGAUAAGUUUCCUGUUUUCUAGUCAUACCAGUGCCUACACCAAGCUCGUCAUAUUUAACUACUUUGCAGGGACUUUUGGCGCAACAGCAGAUUUAUUUUUAUCCUCAACUCAGGGCGAAAGUGCUGCUUCUAAAAGCAUCCUGCUUAAUGCAAUGAUGGUGUUACCUAUACAUAAUUUUGGGAUGAGCAUCAGUCGGUAUUAUGAUAUCGAGUACACAAAAUUUGCAUGUGCUUCACCGAAAAAGGUUUCUCCCUUAAUGAAUUGUAGUAAAGCAGUAACUGAGCGUAGUAUAUAUACCUUGGAACAUGAUGCAGUUGGAAGAUACUUACUUGCAAUGGCUGUCACAGGACUUCUUUUCUUCCUCUUGAUAUUCCUUCUGGAGACCACCUUGUGGAAAGUGAAAACCUUUCUGUUUCGCUACAUUUUGUUUGGUAUCUUCAAAAAAUUAUAUAAGGAUAGAGUAUCCAAGGAAUUAUCUGGGGAAUCUGAAGAUGAAGAUGUACAAAAUGAAAGAAAUAGAAUCCUGGAGCACUCUCAAGAGUCACUGAAUGCUACAGUGCUUAUUAAGGAACUCACAAAGGUGUAUUUUUCAAAUCCAAUAGUUUUAGCUGUGAGAAAUAUCUCUGUUACAAUCCAAAAGCAGGAGUGCUUUGGGUUGCUUGGAUUAAAUGGAGCUGGGAAAACUACUACCUUCGAAAUUUUGACUGGAGAGGAGGUUGCUUCCUCUGGGGAUGUGUUCAUUGAGCGCCUCAGCAUCACCAAAAAUAUCCUAAAGGUAAGAUCAAAAAUUGGUUACUGCCCACAGUUUGAUGCCUUACUGGAUUACAUGACUGCUCGAGAAAUAAUGAUCAUGUAUGCCAGAUUGUGGGGGAUUCCUGAGGCCAAAAUUAACAAUUAUAUAAAGAAGUCAAUGCAAGCACUGAAUCUGGAAUCCUAUGCUGACAAGUAUAUUUACACUUACAGUGGAGGAAACAAACGUAGACUGAGUACUGCUAUUGCCCUCAUGGGAAAGCCCUCAGUCGUCUUCCUGGAUGAGCCAUCAACUGGUAUGGACCCAGUAGCCCGGCGCCUACUCUGGAAUGCAGUGACACAGUCACGUGAAAGUGGCAAAGCAAUCAUCAUAACAUCUCACAGUAUGGAGGAAUGCGAUGCUCUUUGUACUAAGUUGGCCAUCAUGGUGAAGGGAAAGUUCAUGUGCCUAGGCAGCCCUCAGCAUCUCAAGAACAAAUUUGGCAAUGUUUACAUCCUAAAAGUCAAGAUCAAUACUGAUGAAGAAGAGAACAAAUUAGAGGAUUUUAAAACUUUUAUGGAAACAACUUUCCCAGGUAGUGAAUUAAAAGAUGAAAAUCAAGGAAUCAUUAACUACUAUGUUCCCAGCAAGAACAAUAGCUGGGGAGAGAUGUUUGGCAUUUUGGAGGAAGCUAAAGAAGAAUUCAAUUUAGAAGACUAUUCCAUCAGUCAGAUAACUCUGGAAGAAGUCUUCCUGACUUUUGCUGGCCAGCAGAACCCAGAAGCUGAGAAAAAAGCAUCUUGAGACUCCCUUGCAACUAGUGAUCCUAUGUGUUCCUUAGACUACUCUCUACUAUACUUGGAUACAGAGAAGGGCAUCCUUGUGAGUGUAUAUCUUGGUAUAAAUAUAUUUAUGUAAUAAAGAGUUCUUCAAAGGAAA